AUGGAACACGCAAAGAAAUUGUUUCCCCGUGGCUUGCCCACGUUAGAGGAAUUAAAAACCUUCAAUGCAGGCAAAGAUGUGCCCCCAGAGACCGCUUGGAUUUGGGGAAAGGAUGAUGAACUCGGUCGUAUCAACCUCCUGACCGCAGAAGUUACCAACGCUGCGAAAGACAACGAGAUGAUGGACGGCCAAGUCGUACCACUCAACUGGUCUUUGCGCUAUCCCGAGCAUCCAUCGUUUCAUCGCACGGCUUUCGAGCAUAAGAUCGCCCCCCACCCGAUUAGUCCUUGUAUCUUUGAUGAUUUUUAUGACAUGAACACACAAUCUGGCAGCCAGUGGGAUGGCUUCAGACACUUCGGCCAUCUGGGAAUCCAGAAGCUAUACAACAAUCUCGAUCCUCAGGAGGUCCAAUCGGGCACGCGAUGUGGAAUUCAAGCCAUUGCUCAGCAUGGAAUAGCAACACGUGGAGUCUUGCUCGAUCAUUACGCAUGGGCGAAGAAGCACGGGCGUCCAUAUGACCCUUUCAGCGGCUAUGCCAUUCCUGUCUCUGAGCUGGAGCAAGUUGCCAAAGAACAAGGAGUGAAGUUCCAGCCGGGUGAUAUCCUACUGGUACGCAGUGGCUACGUUUCCCGAUACUACGAAAUGCAAAAGGAGAAUCCAGCCAAGCUCGAAGAUCUCGCCCACAACCCGUCUUACGCGGGCGUCGAACAAAGCGAGGAAAUGAAAACAUUCUUGCAUGACAAUUACUUUGCGGCUGUUGGUGGAGAUGCUCCUGCAUUUGAAGCUUGGCCCCGCAAGACAGAAUGGUAUCUUCAUGAGUACCUCCUCAGCCUCUGGGGAUGUUUGAUUGGAGAGAUGUUUGAUCUUGAGGAAUUGUCGAAAGCGUGCGAGAAAAGAAAUAGGUGGACAUUCUUCUUCACUAGUGCACCGUUUAAUACUCCAGGUGGCAUUGCAAGCUUGGCCAACUCACUAGCAAUUUUCUAA